AUGGACCUUGAGAGGAGCCUGUCCACCUUCAGCCAAACGAAGCCCGAGGACGUCAUCAACGACAUAAAGAAAGCUUUCUGCGAGAACUUCGAGAUCGAGUACAAAGUGAAAGGGAAGAAGGGAGCCCUUGAGCACCCGUGUUGCACGGAGGCCAAGACGUGUUUCGGAAAGGCGGAGGCGCAGCCGCAGACGGGAAUGUGCCAGGCCGAGUGCACCGUGGAGGCUCUGGCAGGCAUCACGUCUCGCGGGAUCAAGCAGCACGAGCGGUUCUGGGCGCCUCGGGCAUGCGUCACGUUGCCAGAGGAGAAGACACUAGUGGCGCAGCAAACGAGCGCUGCGGCAAAGGACAUCGAGGUGGUGGCGGACGAUUUUCGUGACUCUGUGAGAGAGCUCGGGAAGCUCGACAUGAAGGUUUUCGAUGACCACCUGACCGAGAGGCUGCACGUGGUUUGCGGGAACUAG